GAAGUCCAUCGAAGAUCCCGAAGCCUUUUGGAUGGAUAUCGCGAAUGAGUUCUAUUGGAAGCGAUCGCCAAACAAACCAUUGGUUUCCUAUAACUUCGACGCAUCCAAAGGACCCAUUCGUGUGAAAUGGUUGGACAGCGCCCUCACCAACAUGUGCUAUAACGUGUUGGACAGGGUUGUCGAUAAGGGACUGGGCGAUCGAGUUGCCUAUUACUGGGAAUCAAAUGAUGACAAUUCGCACCGAAUAGUCACUUACAAUAAUUUACUGCGAGAUGUCUGUAGGUUCGCGAAUGCGCUCAAGAGUUUGGGCGUCAAAAAGGGGGACAGAGUUGCCAUCUAUAUGUCGGUCGCAAUAGAGCUGGUGGUUGUCAUGCUGUCCUGCGCCCGGAUCGGUGCCAUUCACACCGUUAUUUUCGCCGGAUUUUCGGCCCCAGCACUGGCCGACCGUAUAAUGGAUGCCAAUUGUAUACUAUUAGUGACGGCCGACGGCGCCUACAGAGCCAACAAAUUCAUACCAUUGAAGUCUAUUGCGGAUUCAGCCCUCGAAAUAUGCAAAAGAAUGAACCAUAAAGUGAUAGCUACUAUCGUGAGCCCACACCUAAAACUGUACACCGCUCACGGUAUGGACAAUAACGCGACCAUUAAUUACGACCCAAAAGUGGAUAUCCUGUGGAAAGACAUCAUGAAAAGUGUUUCCGAUUCGUGUGAACCCGAGUGGAUGGAGGCCGAGGACACACUUUUCAUACUAUACACGAGUGGAAGUACUGGAAAGCCUAAAGGGAUCGUACAUACGAUCGGCGGUUAUCUACUCUACGCUUACGUAACAUUCAAAUACGUAUUCAAUUACACGGACGGAGGCGUGUUUUUCUCGACGGCCGACUUGGGAUGGAUGGCGGCCCACACUUUCAGCGUUUACGGGCCGCUCGCCAACGCCUGCUCUGUAGUGCUGUUGGAGGGCACGCCUGUCCACCCAAAACCGGACCGCCUCUGGAAUAUAAUCGACAGAUUAGGCGUCAAUAUCUUCUAUACGGCGCCGACUAUUAUCCGAUCGCUCAUGAAGUUUGGCGACCAUUACGUCCGGCAACACAAACGCUAUUCACUCAAAGUGUUGGCCACAGCCGCCGAACCCAUUAACCCCGAGGCCUGGCGUUGGCUCUGGACUGUCGUCGGCGACCAAAAGUGUCCCGUUGUUGACAACUACUGGCAAACGGAAACGGGCGGACCAAUGGUCGCAUGCCUUCCGGGCGCCACUCCCAUGAAGCCGGGAUCGGCUGCCAUUCCUUUCUUUGGUGUGAUUCCGGCGAUACUGGACGGGGAGGGCAAAGAGCUGGAGGGCGCCGCUACGGGACAGUUGGUUUUCAAGAGGCCGUGGCCCGGCAUAGCCCGCACCAUAGAUGGCAAACACGAGUGGUAUGAAAGCACUUACUUUCGUAAGUUUGUGGGCUAUUACUGGACGGGCGACGGCGCCCAGAGGGACACCGAUGGCUACUAUUGGAUUACCGGCCGGACGGACGAUACGCUCAACGUUUCCGGUCAUCUCCUGUCGACAGUAGAGGUGGAGACGGCUAUCGUAGAGCACCGGGCGGUGGCCGAAGCGGCCGCUGUG